GCCAAAGAUUUUGGCUCGUCAUGUGAUCAGCUGUGUCCAAUCACAACUGAUCUCAUCUCGAGAGGAGAGGAGAGCUGGUAAUCGGCAUUCCUUGGAGGGGACAUGCACACUGAUCAUCAGGGCACUGAUGAUCAGUGUGCCCUGAUGAUCAGUGUAGCCCCAGCAGUGCCACCUGUCAGUGUCCAUCAAUGCCAGCUGUCAGUGCUCAUCAGUGCCACCUGACAGUGCCCAUCAGUGCCACAUCAAUGCCACAUAUCAGUGCACAUCAAUGCAACAUAUCAGUGCUCAUC